AUGACCGCGACCGCAGCCCUCCUGCCCGUCCUCUUGCUCCUGCUGGCCUUCGGCCACAGUGUCCAUGGAGCUGAAUGCUUCCCGGCCUGCCACCCCCAAAAUGGAUUCUGUGAGGAUGACAAUGUUUGCAGGUGCCAGCCUGGUUGGCAGGGUCCCCUGUGUGACCAGUGCAUGACCUUUCCCGGCUGUGUUAACGGACUGUGCGUGGAACCCUGGCAGUGCAUUUGUGACGACGGCUGGGACGGGAACCUCUGCGACACAGAUGUGCGGGCGUGCGCCUCGACCCCCUGCGCCAACAACGGCACCUGCGCGAACCUCGAUUCCGGCCAGUACGAGUGCUCCUGCGCCCCUGGCUUCUCGGGAAAGGACUGUCAGAAGAAGGACGGGCCCUGCGUGAUCAACGGCUCCCCCUGUCAGCAUGGAGGCACCUGCGUGGAUGACGAGGGCCGGGCCUCCCAUGCCUCCUGCCUGUGCCCCCCUGGCUUCUCCGGCAAUUUCUGCGAGAUCGUGGCCAACAGCUGCACCCCCAACCCGUGCGAGAACCAGGGCAUCUGCACCGACAUCGGGGGCGACUUCCGCUGCCGAUGCCCCGCCGGCUUCGUGGACAAGACGUGCAGCCGCCCCGUGGGGAACUGCGCCUCCGACCCGUGCCUCAACGGGGGCACCUGCUGGCAGCACACCCAGGUGAGGUACGAGUGUGUGUGCAAGCCCGAGUUCACGGGCCCCCUCUGCGGCCGGAAGCGCGCCCCCAGCCCCCAGCAGGUCACCCGUCUGCCCAGCGGGUACGGGCUCACCUACCGCCUGACCCCCGGGGUGCACGAGCUGCCGGUGCCCCAGCCCGAGCACCGCAUCCUCAAGGUGUCCAUGAAGGAGCUCAACAAGAACACCCCCCUCCUCUCCGAGGGCCAGGCCAUCUGCUUCACGGUCCUGGGCGUGCUGACCAGUCUGGUGGUGCUGGGCACCGUGGGUAUCGUCUUCCUCAACAAGUGUGAGGCCUGGGUGUCCAACCUGCGCUACAGCCGGAGGCUGCGGCAGAAGAAGAACCUGCUGCUUCGUUACAACAGCGGCGAGGACCUCGCGGUCAACAUCAUCUUCCCCGAGAAGAUCGACAUGGCCACCUUCACCAAGGAGGCCGGCGAAGACGACAUCUAA